CUUUUCCUCAAUAGCAGCUACAAAAGGAGUGUAUCAUCAUUCUUAAUCGUUAAAUCGAAGAAAUUCAACUUUGCUCCGAGCUUUGUGUUUUUCUCUUUCUUCAACAACUUGUUUGUAGAGUGAGUCGAGAUGGGAGUUCUUGAUCAUAUCUCCGAUAUGUUCGAUUGCUCUGGUCAUGGUCGCAGUCACAGUUUCAAAAAACGCAGACCAUUGCAGACGGUGGAGAUAAGGGUGAAGAUGGACUGCGAAGGAUGCGAGAGGAAAGUGAAGAGAGCGGUGGAGGGAAUGAAAGGUGUACAGUCGGUGGACGUGGACCGAAAACAGCACAGGCUGACAGUCGCCGGAUAUGUGGACCCCGACAAGGUGGUGGCCCGCGUGGCUCAUCGGACGGGUAAGAGGGCCGAGAUCUGGCCUUACGUACCCUACGAUGCGGUGGAACACCCUUAUGCACCUGGGGUGUACGACAGGAAAGCACCAGCUGGGUACGUGCGAUAUUCUGAGGACCCACGUGUCAAUCAGCUCGCACGUGCCAGCUCUACUGAAGUUCGCUACACCACUGCUUUCAGUGAUGAAAACCCUGCUGCAUGUGCUGUCAUGUGAUCGUCAUACUUAAAUAAAUAUCACCCCCCCAAAAAAAAAAAAAAAAAAAAAAAAAUUUACUAGAUCACCCUUUUGUUGUAUAUAUACAAGAGAAUUGCAAAUUAGUUAGAAUAAGUAAAAAUAAUUGUAAAAAUAUAGAGGAACGAGUGGGGUAUGUGUUCUGGUGUAAGUCAGAUCAUAGUUUUCACGAGUACUUCUAUAAUUUUGCAAUUACUUUUUUUUAUUUCUACUAAUUUACAAUUUCUUCUAUAUAUAAUAUGGUUAAUGGGGUAUUCAAAAUCUUACUCUUAUAUUCUGAUGCAUUUUUAAUCGUACAAUUGUGCGAGGAAGAGUGUAUUGGAUACAAGAAAAUGAAGAUUUUGAGUGAGGUUCUAUUCUAGCCUCUAAAAAUUGCGUCUUUUGUGGAAGAAUUGUGUGUUUUGGACUGUUAGUUUUUGUUUUAUUGCAUUAGAUAUUUUGUAGAACCCAAAAGAGACAAUUUGUUUUUGUUUUUGUUUUUGUUUUUGUUUUUUUGGUUUUUAAUUUGGUUGGUGUAUAUUGUGUUGAAUUUUAGUUUGGUUGAAGUGAAAGAGAUGAAUGUUGAAAUGUAAACAAAUGGGUUGUCAUCCUUUUACGUUUGAUUUUUUAUUGACAAAAAAUGGGGUCGUGGUUGAUGAAUGGGGUGUACCAUUCAAAAGUUUCAUCAUAUAUUAGGAGAAUUGCUUUAUGUCAAUCACAUUCAUACCCACAUGCAAUGAGAAUGGACUGGACAUUAUUGCCCUGGAA